CAACCCUUCAACGCUGUUCUUUUCCUUCUUGUUCCUCUCUUUUUAGCCCCUCUCUCCUUCGCUUUCCGCUCUAACUCACGACAUGGCGGAGGAGUUCGGCGACGGGGAGUUUUGGCUUCCCUCUGAAUUCCUCUGCGACGACUUCUUCGUCGAGGAAGGCCGAAUGAGGCGGGCUGAAGCGGCCUUCGUGCUCCGCCAACGGCUGGGGUCUAAAGUAGAACCUCACGCCGCAGCGGCUGUGGCGGAGACGGCGUCCAUCGAGGAGUACAUGGCCACCAUCACCCGUCAGAUGGCUCAAGCCUCCAUCGUUGUCACAGAGAAGGCGAAGACUCGGCCGACGGCCGGGAUGCCGCAUUCUGUUCUCUGCCCCUAUCUCGCCUCUACCAGGAGAAACCCCAACGACCCCUCUCUUGUCUGCUCGAUGCCUUCGCUCAAGCUGGAGCGGCAGAAGAACGACGUGUGGGAUCUGCUAUGCGAGGCGGCGGCCCAGGUCACGUGGCUGCGGCAUAACGACGCAGGGUUUCUCCCGAAGGCUAAUGAUAGCAAGCUUCUUGGUCUGCCGAAGAAUGCGUCUCUCGAAAUUCCCAGGAUCCCUAAUUACACUCAAAGUGGCUACUACUCGAGCCCAGCGCUGCCGCAGCAUCAGCAAUUGCAAUCAGCUCAAUUCCGAUACAUUAAACAGCAGCAGUGGUCUUCGGCGUCGGAAGGGCAUGGCAAAGCAAGAGGAAGCCGCCCCCAAGGCCUGUUCUCGUCCGCUUGGCCGGCUUCUCCAACUCUGCCUCAACCUGUUCGACCCUGUCACGGCAUGAAGUCUGUUUUGCCAAACGGCUCGGCUGCUAAAAGGUUAUCGGCUGGUACUGGCGUCUUCCUGCCACGGAUUCCUGUGAGUAAAGCAGAACCGCGGAAAACAACAGAUUGCUCGACCGUGAUCGUUCCGGCAAAAGUGGUUCGGGCCUUGAAGGAGUUGGGGGUACAGUCUCGGUUCGAAGAUGGCUUUCUUCAUAAUCACAAUGCUCGUGGUGGCCGAAGCAAUGACUUGUUUUCGCAUCAAAACCUGAAUCACCAAGUCUUCCCAUCCACAUCCAUGGUUGCUCGGGAGAUUCGACUCCCCCAUGAGUGGUCCUAUUGACGUCCUCGAGCCACCAAACUUCUGCUAACUCAACAGGGUUGCCCCUAUUUUAGCUACGACUGGUAGUAAGAGAAACAUAAAUUUCAAAAAACAUAAUCUGUAGCAGUGUUCUAUAUUUUGAGUUAGGAAGGCGGCAGCAGCGGCUGUCUUGUAUGGAGGCUAUUUUUCUCCUGUGAAUAGUACUGAAGGAUGGCAGGGAAGGAAGAAAUAAGUUAUGUUGGGUUGAUUUCGGUGAAAGCAUCAAGGGGGAGAUUAAUCUUUUUUUUGCUGCAAGUUCUCUCCCCUUUUUUUUGUGUCAGUUAGUUCUCUUCUUUGCAGCCUUUUCUAUUAUGUAAGGUCGACAAUCUCUUUUGGUAAUAAUUGGUAGACGUGUUCUUCGUUUAGUUAGUUGCUUUGUGUGGAGAGUGACGGUGCUAGGAGAAUUGCAGUCUCAUUAAAUUUGUAUGUAUUUAUCGUGAAAUUUCACUUGUUCUUGUGCUGUAGUUAGUUUAGUGCUGCUGAUUAAAAAUUGCAUUUUGUCCUA